CUGAAACCAAUUUAAAUUUCCGCAUUUGGGUUGUAGGUUCAUUUCUGCUCUGUGUCACUUUGUAGGAAGUUUAUUAGAGAUAAUGUCAAGGUUUCUGUUGAGAACCAACGUGAGGGGCAGCAUCGCCUCUCAGAUCAGAAUGAUGUCUGAUCAGCUUGGUGAGUUGGGGAAGGGAGCAGGAAAAGGUGGAGGUGGUGGAGGGUCUGUGCGGGAGGCAGGAGGUGCCUUUGGAAAGAGAGGAGCGGCAGAAGAGGAGCGAUACUUCAGGCAGAAGGAGAGGGAGCAGAUGGAGGCGCUGAGGAAGCACCAUGCAGAGGAGAUUGAGCACCACAAAAAGGAGAUUGGGCGCCUAAAGCAGGAGAUUGAACGCCAUAUGGGAAAAAUCAGAAAGCUCUCACACGAUGACUAAACCCCAGAGACCUCCUAUCUUAGUGCAAAAUUGGUGAUUAUCAGACCCUGAUUUACUGCUGGUCAAGGCCUUUAUGUGGCUCAGUACUGUCCAUGUAAUCAUUAUAAAUAAUAAAAUACUCCAUUUUUCACUUAUGGUCUGAAUUACAGAUUCAUUUGCACAUUAUGUCUCCUUUUGUAACAGUCAAUGUGUAAAAUAUUCUUUGAAUAACUGUGUAUUGACUGUACAGAAAAGUAAAUCUAAAACCAUGAGUUCAGCUUCUGUGGUUGCAUCAUGGACUGUCUUUGUCUCCUUACAGUUAAGAGUUGGAUUAAAAAAUGAAGGUGUGGUCGUACUGCAAGCUGCUCCUUUACACUGUUGUUGUCACUUAGCUGUGUUUUCACAAAUCUCUUUGUGGUUGUCUUAAGAACCCAGAGCUAUUUUUGUCUUUGUGUGUAGUGAGGGUGUAGUUCAAAUAUUUAUCUGAGCUGUGUUUAGGUCUUAUGUCUGGCUGCACUUCCUUGUAUGUGAUUCUUGAGAGUCUGGGGGAGGACAUUGCAUUUUAUAAUCUCUGCCUGUUCCACUUAAUUCUGCUUAACUUUGUUCUGUUUUCCUCGUUAGACAGCCUUUUGUCUGCAUUCU